AAAGGUUUCGUUUUCUGAAUUUCGUCGUAAACCCUGUAAAAAUAUUAUAAUAACGCAAAAUGCUUUGAACUUAUUAUUUAUUUACGUCAAAAAUGUUGCGUAUUUUUACCCUCGAUUGUUUUUAUUUAAUGUGUACCUAAUAAUUCUUUCUUUCUGAUCUCAUUAUUUAGAAUAAUUGUUGUAAUUGUUGAUGUUAUACCUGCUUUCUCCCGAAAGCUUGCAUAGUCAGGAUCUGGUGCUUUCAUGUUUUAUCAGCUGUCUCUAUGUUCAUUCAGGUGGAACCUGUCAGAGCCUCAGUUCUGGAUGUAUUAGUCUGUUGUGUAGAUAUGGUUCUUAACACCGAAUGGGUGCAGAUUGAAGCAAUAGACUUAAAUAGUGAUGGUUCUUCUUGGGGAUUUGGUAUAACUGGUGGUAGGAGCACUGGUGUUGUGGUGAAAACUAUAGUUCCUGGCAGUGUUGCUGAUAAAGAUGGCAGAUUGCAGAUAGGCGAUCACAUUAUCCAAAUUGGAGACAUAAGUCUUCGAGGUAUGGGUUCAGAACAAGCUGCCAUGGUUUUAAGACAAUGUGGUUGUCAAGUCCAUCUUAUAGUUGCUAGACCUGUUGAAUCUAACCCCCCUAAGGAAAAUCUAAUUUCAAGUGCUUCUGCUAUCGUUCCUACCCGUAUUCUUAAUGAACCAGAAGAGUUAGAACAACAACUUAAUUUAUACCAAUCUGGAUCAAAUGGUUUUCCUGAUUCUAUGUUGACAGAUAUGUAUUGUCAGGAAACUCCGGCCUUAGUUCAUAGAGAUUCUGUAAUAUAUAGAGGUAGAAGUGAUAAAAUGGAUAUGGAAAGUUUUGAAGUCAACUUGGUGAAGGAUCAUCAGGGAUUAGGCAUUAUUGUUGCUGGCUAUGUAUGUGAACGAGAGGACAUAUCUGGUAUCUUUGUUAAAAGUAUUGCUAAAGGAAGUGUUGCAGACUUAUGUGGCCAGAUACGAGUUCAUGAUCAGGUUGUAGAGGUUGAUGGCCACCCUUUAAAAGGUUAUUCUAAUUGUGAGGCUGUGGAAAUUUUAAGGAAUACUGGAAAGUAUGUUAAACUUCAAUUAGCUCGGUACAAUCAUGGUUCAAAGUUUGAACAUUUGCAAGAAGCAAUGGGAGCUGAAAGAAUACAUAAUGCAUAUGAUUGCACAACUUAUAGGAAAUCAUUAACUACUUCCAUUUCUGAUAAUAACUUUCCUGUGCAAUUUCCAGUUGAAGAAAUAAAAUCAAAGUGGGAAAAAUUGCUAGGACCUCGAAGUGAAGUUAUUGUUAGCACUUUGCAAAAAAAUGACAACGAAAUAGGGUUUGGACUAAAUGUUGAAACUAAAUGGGACGGCUGUUCUUCUCUUCACCAUUUUAUUUCAGAUAUUUGUAAAGAUUAUUCUGUUGAUAGGAGUGGGAUGUUUUUUAUUGGAGAUGAAUUAUUAGAGGUGAAUGGUCAUCAGUUGCGGAAUGCUGAAUAUUCAGAAGUGCUUUCCAUUUUUAAGUCACUGCCUCCAAACAUAUAUUUAGUGUGUGGGAGAUCACAUCAUUGGACUAGUAAUUUGUCUCUCAUUCCAUGGUCAGAAAGAAUGGUGAAAGCAAAGUCCGACUCCUCCCUCUUGACCAAAAAGUUCUGUGAAACUGAUUAUAACAACAUGAACAGAAGAUCAUUGGAAGUUUUGUCAUCGCUUGCAACAUGGAGCAGUGAUCCACACUUCAUUGAUCUUAUUAAGGGAGAGGAAGGGUUGGGAUUCUCUAUAGUGGAAUACAAGGACAAUUUAGCUCCUACUGUCCAAGAUGAAAAUGUAAUCAUAAUUUGGAGCUUAGUACCAGGAGCUGCAGCGCAACGAGAUGGUCGACUCUUGCCUGGAGACAGGCUCCUAUCAGUAAACAACAUAAAUUUCCGUCAUACCAAUGUUGAUAUGGCUACUCAAGUAUUAAAACACCUGCCUAAGGGGGUUGUACGCUUAGGAAUUGCUAAACCUACCACAUUAUCCAAAAGUGUUCCUUGUAAGAUAUCUUUUAAAGAACCAAUUGAAACCAAACGUGAAUAUCUACCAAAUGGAUCUUCUCUGCGAGUUUUUGAGUACAAUGGUGUUUGUCAUACUUAUGAGGAGCCUUUAACUUUGUAUGGGACGCGGUCUCAAACUCCUUCCUCUUUAUUCUCCUUUGGAAAUGAUUCUCGUUGCUCAACUCCUUUUAGCAGUCCUGGAUUAUCAUCAUCUGGAAAACUUUGGGCCUUUGAUGUGCCUAUCUUGCCAGCUGCCCUUGAAAGAAUUGUAAAAAUUAAAAAAGGAAAUAAUAAACUUGGUCUUAUUCUUGACAUAGCUGAUAGAGGGCAAAAUGGCAUGAUUGUAAAAUCUAUCCGUCCUGCAAGUGCUGUUGACAAAGAUGGAAGUAUUCAGAUAGGUGAUUACAUUUUAGGUGUAAACUCCGAAAAUAUGCGAAAUAUAACUAGAUCGCAAGCGAGAGCUAUAAUAAGGCGAGCAGAAUUAACCAGUUCUGAUAUUGUGGUCAAAUACAUACCAGCUGGUGAUGCUGCUGUACAUCAACAGUCUGCAGUUUUAGCAAAAAUCCAUGAAGGUUCUGUUUCACCUACACCUUCAAUUAUAUCACGUCAACCAUCACCAAGAGUGUUCCCAGCAUAUUACAGGUCUCCAUAUUUUCCUCACAAGAGUUCAAAAAGCACACCUGACCGUGAUGAUGCUGAUGGCCAAAUUUCUCCCUUCAGCUUCCUGAGUGAAGAUGAUGUUUUAGCCACUCCUUCAUCUUUGUACACUGACAAUUUUGAUUCUUCUUCGGAUGAUCUCUUGCUAGAUCAAUCUUCUGAUGGUGGGAUGAAGGAAAACGAGCAGAGUGAAGCAUUUCCUGGAGUCGAAGAUAGGAUACUACUCUUUCAGGGAAGUAAACAUCAAGUGCCUUCAAAAUUCAGCAGAAUGUCAACUUCACCCACAGUGUCUCCAGUACAAGAUGAAUCACCUCAACAACAAAUAAGUCCUGAACUUCUAAGUCCUGACUCAAUUCCAGAGCAUCCAUUACCUGAAUCAUCAUCGAUGAUUGUAAACUCUGAAGUAACAAGUCCAGUAGUUACUUCUGUUGGAUGUAGUUGGGGUGUGAAUAAAACAGUUGAGCUUGUUCGUGAGCCUGGUCAAGAAAUUGGAAUUGGUGUGGUCAUGGGAUGUAUUGAUGUACAAGAAGAAGAUCAACCUGGAAUUCCUUUGUCUGGAAUAUUUAUCAAACAUAUUGUUCCAGACAGUAUUGCUGGGAGGCUUGGAACCAUUAAUCGAGGAGAUCGUAUUGUUGCAGUCAAUGGAAUUGAUUUACAGAAUGCCUCUUAUAAUGAAGCUAUUGAUAUUAUUCAAAAUUCAGAAAAUCCUAUUCGUCUUACUGUGCAGAGUUUAGUGCCUUGGCUUCCAUCUAGCAAUGAAAAUAUAGCACAAAAUCCAUCCCCCGAGCCAAUAUCUAGUCCACUUCCAAGCCCUCGAGCAUCUUUCCAUGCUGAGAAGUUAAAACAACGUUCAAUGUCUGAAGAUGAAGAUCUAAUACUUGAUACUGAUUUUCAAGGAAAGGUAUACACUUCCAAAGGAGUUGAGAUUGAUCGUAAUAGUGCUGGAUAUCUUAAAAUACCUGAUGAUGAUGAAGAAGAAGAUGAAUUUGGCUAUACUAACAGGAAAGUUGAAAGAAAGUAUGGUGAUUUUAAAGGUAGUGCGAUGUUAGUUGAAAUUGAAAAGGGUGCUAAUGGAUUAGGUGUUAGUUUAGCAGGUAAUAAAAAUCGCUCUAAGAUGAGUACUUUUGUUUGUGGACUGUUCCCAAAUGGGAAUGCUGCAAGAACAGGUACAAUUUUAGUUGGAGAUGAAUUGUUGGAGGUGAAUGGAAUUGUGUUAUACAACCGGUGUCAUUUAAAUGUUUCGGCUACAAUUAGAGGGAUAAUGACAAAAACAUGCAAGUUUGUUAUUCUGAGGAAAGAAAAUAGUAUUGAGGAAAUGGCUGUUAAGCCUCUUACACAUUUCCCUAUGGACUUAGAAAAUGAGAAAAUGGAAGAUAUUAUAGCUGCUCAUCCAGGAGUGCGGAUGAUUACAACCAAAAAGGGUGACUGUGGUUUAGGAAUCAUGAUUUUAGAAGGAAAACAUGCAGAAUUAGGUCGAGGUAUUUUUAUAUCUGAUAUGCAGAAAGGUAGUCCUGCUGAAAAGUCUGGGCUUAGUGUUGGUGAUAUGAUAUUAGCUGUUAACAAAAUGAAACUUAUUGGUGCUGAUUAUGAGUUGGCUGCUUCUGUCUUAAAGAAUGAAGAUGGCCCUAUAACUUUUCUAGUUGUUAAUUCACAAAAACCUGGUUCUUCCUCCAGCCCAGUGCACAAUGAUAUCAAUCACGAAAAGAAACCCAGAAAUAGCUUAAUACCUCUACCUGAAACAAAUGGCCGUCGUAAAAGUUCAACCCCUUCUUCCACCUGUCCAUCGCCAUCCCCAAACAGUGUAUCACCAAAUUUGCCUGUUUGUCCUAUUCCUCCACCUGCUGAGUUUUCUGAUCCGUGUGUUACAUUAGAUUCUGUUGGAAAAGAGAUGGUGAUUGAUAUACACCGUGAAAAAAAUGGCCUUGGUUUGGGUAUAGUUGGUGGUUCAGACACCCCUUUAGGUUGUGUAAUAGUUCAUGAAAUUUAUGCUAAUGGCGCUGCUGCUCUAGAUGGAAGGCUAAAACCUGGUGAUCAGAUCCUUGAGAUUAGUAAACAUGAUGUUAGAGGAGCUACUCAUGUAGAAGCCAUUAAUUUACUCAGGCAUUCCAUACCAGUUGUAGAAUUACGCAUUUAUAGGCAUAAAGAGACUAGUGAAGUUUCAUCUUUGGCCGAGUUUACUGUUGAAUUUUUCAAGAAACCAGGUCGUGGUCUGGGAUUAAGUAUUGUUGGAAAACAUAAUGCUCCAGGAGUUUACAUUUCAGAAGUGAUUAAAGGUGGCGUUGCUGAUGUAGAUGGGAGUCUAAUGAUAGGGGACCAAAUUUUAGAAGUAAAUGGGCAAAACUUAAAGGAAGCUGAUCAAGAAAUUGCUGCUAUUUUAUUAAAGACUUGUGUAGGAAAUAUUAAUAUGAAAAUCGGGAGACUAAAAUGUGAAAUAAAUCUUCCACCUAGAAGAUCGAUGCACUAAAAAAAUGCUUCUUAUAAAUGUAUAGCACCCAAGUACCUUAUAUUGAUAUCCUGUGACUAUGCAACUUUUCAUCCCUAUGCAGAUAAAGAAAAAUGAUUUUUAGACAUUUUAAAAAAAUAUACUGCUUUAUAAUUUUCACAACUUUUUCCAGUUUCAAAUUGUAAUGAAAAUUUCCAGUUUUAUAGAACAAUAGAUUGUAUGAAUCUUAAUCUCGAAUUUGUUAAUUUUAUCUUCUUACAGAUGAAAAUAGUACUGAAUCCUACUACUUGAUAUUCAAGUACUUUUAAUGAAUAAUCUAGUUUAUCAAUUAAUGUUGCAAUGAUGAAGUUUUGAGAUAUUUAUAUACUGUUUUGUUAUUUUCAAGUUAUUUGUAGUCUUGAAUUAUUGAGUAUUUGUUUAUAUAUAUUGCUAGUUCAUUUUUACAUUAAUGUGAACUCUCUAUAUUAUCAUCUCUACUUUUUGAUAGUUGUAUUUAAACAUCAAUGAUAAACCCUUGAUAGAAGGCAGAUUUUUUAUUUAAAAUUAAAUAAAUAAAUAUGGCAAAAUAAAGAAGAUUUUAUUUGAAACAAUGUUAAACAAGGCAACUAUAUUAGAAGAUAAUUAGUUUAUAAAACUUGUUGUUCCAAAGAACAUAUGAAUGUGAUUUGAAUAAUUUUUAGAUUAGAAUAUUUGUUUUUACUUUUUAGGUAAAAAAAUAUUUUUAAAAAGUUUUGAAUUUAUUGACUAUUUGGUUUUUUGAAUAGCAUUUGAUUUUAUUCAGUAAUUUUCCACAGACAGUGGUUGAAUGCAUUUAGAUGGUUUUCUCCAGCAUUUAAACUGUUUUGUGUGAUAAAUAUUUAUUGUUAAAUUUGAGUCGUAUAGUCUUUUAUUUUAUUUUUAAAUCAUAUGCAUUAGCACUAAGAAAAGUCUGACCUAUAUGAUCUUUUAAAUAAAUAUCUAAGCUUCGGAAAUUUUCCCUAAAAGUUGUUGGUGAAUACAAUGUUUAUUAUGAAUUUGUUCUAUGUCUUUUAAUUUUGUGUUUAGGUUAUAUGACUGACUUUCUUUAAUGCAAACUUUUUUGUCUCAUAAAAAAUAUAAUUAUAAUAUAAAUUUUUAAAAACUUUCAAUUCUAUGCAAUUUUUAGUCAAAUAAAUGUAAUCCGCUUUCUCCAAAGAAAGAGCAUUAUAAAUGAGAAAUUACCUGCUUCUAUCAAUGAUGAUUGAUAUUGUUUUCAUGAAUUCAUUAUAAUUGCUAAUAUUUAUAAUAAAUAUUAACAAAUAUUUGUAAAGAAUUAGUUGCACGUCUUUUUAUUUUUGUUGACUGAUUUGCUUUUAUGCAGACUUGAUUAGUUUGUCACAUAAAUAAUGUAUGUAUAAUAAUAAAUUUUAGCCAAUGUCAGUUCUAUGCAAUUUUUAAAAAUCAGAAAUGAAUGCUUGCUUAAAAAAAAGAGCAUUAUGAAGUGCAAGAGCAUUAAAAGUUAAUUCGGUCAAUAAUUUUUUUAUAUUUUGAUGUACUGACUUAAAAAAGGGAUGCAAACUGUUUUUUAAUUUUAGUUAUUUCAAUGAUAAAUAUUGAGAAAAUGAUUUUCUGUUACUCAUUCAGAGUUUUGUCAAUUUUUCAUGUCAGAGUGCCAGCAAUCCAUUUUUCUGACAUUAUCAAAGAGUGGUAUUUUUUCCUCAUUCAAUGGUUAAAUUAUUUAGUGUGAUCAGAAACAUUGUAAUUUUGGAUUUUUAAAUGCUACUGUGGUUCUUGAAUAUUAUGAAUUACAUCAUAAAAUUUAGUCUUUCUUAUUCAUUUCAAUUUGUUGUUUAUAAAAUUUAGAGUGUCUUAAUCUUCCAUUUUUUCAUAUCUUAUGAAAUAGUUCUUGCUACUUUUUAUUCCUUGUAGUAUUGAUCCUUAAGUCCCCUUUUAAAUUAAUAUUUAGAAUUGUUUAAAAGUACUUAUAUUACACUGUACAACAUGAAAAAUAUCUUUUAGAUGAAAAUAUGUAUUUCUUGUAUAUUUUCUGUUAAAAAUAACAAAUCUGUAAAAUAAUUAUUUUCUUCGUUUACACGCACCAUUUUCUCUAAAAACCUUAUUUUAGCUUUGCGACUUAACAUAGUUUAAUAACACAUAAUAAAAAUUUUUGGGCAAAGGAAAUGCUCUCAUUGACUCUGAGACCGUCGCCAACAUUUUUGAUCUCAGAAGCCUCAUCUACCUUUCUGAAAUUUCAAGGAUAUGGAUUAAAAGUCGAGACAGUAAGGUGAUGGGCCUUUUUGGUUUUAAAAUAUGAAUCAAGCGCUUUCUGUUAUAAAGAAUCACCAAGUUUCAGCUAAUGGACAGUAAAAAUGUUUAAAUUUGUUGUACAGUGUUAUUAUUAUUUAGUUUUCCUAUAAUAAAUAUUUUUAGAAUGCUUUAACAUGGAUUAUGCUUAUAGAAAAGGUGCUUAUACACAAUGUUUAUGUCAAUGUUAUCUAGUUGAAAGAAGUAGUGUAAAUAUACUAAUUCAGAAUAGAACUAUAUAACAAUGUGCACUCUUAUAACAGAGCAUGUUUUUAAAGUAAUAUAAUUUUUUUUCCAUUAUUUAUUCAAUAGAAUAGAGUCUGUAAAACACUGUGAUUUGUAAAACCUAUAAAGCAAAAUUUCAAUUGCUCAAAUUAAAUAUUUUCCAGGGAGUUUAUAAACACAACUUAAAAGUCAUGAAAAUGUAUAUAUUUGAGCUUGUGAUUAAUGAUUUCUUUUCUUAAAUUUUUUUUUAAAAUUCAACUAAAAAUAUACUAAUGUUUCACAUUUAUUUUUCUUCACAUAUUUUGCAUUUCU